CGGGCAGGACGACACAGGCAGAGCCGCCGGCCCUCGCUUGGUGGUGGGGUCUAGUUUCUUUCUCGCCUCUGCCUGUGCCUGCUGGUGGUAAGUAAUAACAGCGACACGGUACCCACGCGCGGCGGCGGCGGCGGCGGCGGCGACGAAGACGAAGACGAAGACGACAUGACCGUCGGCGACGACGCGGCGGCGCCGGGGCGCGGGCAGACGGUGUGCGUGACCGGCGCCGGCGGCUACGUCGGGUCGUGGAUCGUCAAGCUCCUGCUCGAGCGGGGCUACGCCGUCCGCGGCACCGUGCGCAACCCUGACGACGCGAAGAACGCGCACCUGCUGGCGCUCCCCGGCGCGGCGGAGCGGCUGGCGCUGUGCAAGGCCGACCUGCUCGACUACGGCGCGCUGCGGGCGGCCGUCGCCGGCUGCCACGGCGUCUUCCACGCCGCGUCGCCGGUCACCGACGACCCGGAGGAGAUGGUGGAGCCGGCGGUGCGGGGGACGCGGUACGUCAUCGACGCGGCGGCCGAGUCCGGCACGGUCCGCCGCGUCGUCCUGACGUCGUCGAUCGGCGCGGUGGCCAUGGACCCCCGCCGCGAGCCGGACGCCGUCGUCGACGAGUCGUGCUGGAGCGACCUCGACUUCUGCAAGAAGACCAAGAACUGGUACUGCUACGGCAAGGCUGCGGCGGAGCGGGCGGCGUGGGAGGCGGCGGCGGCGCGCGGGGUGGACCUGGUGGUGGUGGUGCCGGUGCUGGUGCAGGGCCCGGCGCUGCAGCCGUCGGUGAACGCCAGCCUGAUGCACGUGCUCAAGUACCUGAACGGGUCCGCCAAGACGUACGCCAACGCGGUGCAGGCGUACGUGCACGUCCGCGACGCCGCCGACGCGCACGUCCGCGUCUUCGAGGCGCCCCGCGCCGCCGGCCGCUACAUCUGCGCCGACGCCGUGCUCCACCGCGAGGACGUCGUCCGCACCCUCCGCAAGUCCUUCCCGGGCUACCCCGUCCCGGAGAGGUGCUCUGACGAGGUGAACCCGAGGAAGCAGCCGUACAAGAUCUCCAACCAGCGGCUGAGGGAGCUGGGCCUGGAGUUCACCCCGGCGGCGCAGGCGCUGUACGACACCGUCGUGUGCUUCCAGGAGAAGGGCAUCCUCCCUCUCCCUGUCCCCGCCCCAACGCCGGCGUCACCGGACGCCUGAGCUAGCUGAUGAGCUGGCCCAGAACCAACGAAGAAACAUGUUUGGCACGCAAACCGCUAUUAUAACAGUCGCUGCUUCGAUCAUUCUGCCGCUAGAGAUAGAAUGUGGAGUGUGUGCUACUCGUUGUGGGCGUAAGAGUGUCAGAAGAGUGCAGCAGUAACUAUAUCGAUGCGACUUUUUAUAUGUUGCUAUAUCAUGUGUGACAAUCUCCUAAUAAUAAAUAUAUGGAGUAUCGUCGUCCU